AUGAUUAUAACGACCGACGAAAGCAGUAUAGCUAGGGACACUGAUCGUAAAGCGCUCCGGAUUGAUCGUCGAAAGCGAAUGGGAAGCUUCACGAGCGUCGCUCUCAUGGAUGGUCAUGAACAUCAGAACUGGAAGCAGAAACUGUCCAACGGAGCGGGCCAUUUGUGGCAGAAAAACAAGGUUGCAAUUACGUCUGCCAUUGCGGCUGGCGCUGGAUCCGCUGCUGGUUCGACUGUGGCUUCGUUCUUUGCAUCCUCGGCUCUAAUAUCAGGGUUCAUUUCGGCAACAGUAAGCUCAUCGGCAUCCAUUGCGGCAUCGUCUGUAGCAGCAAAGGCGGCGGCAGCAGCAAGAGAGCAAAUCGGAAAGAAAACGGACUCUGCCAAUUGGAAGACUGCUCUCCCAUCCAGAAUUAUAUGGGAGGAGUAUCAUGAUGUUAUGCCAUACUUUUGA